UGAGCACACCACCUAGAGCCACAUUUAGCCGUUAGUUUGAGCUAAAAUAUACUUCUUUACAGCAUUUGUGUGUACAUUUAGACGAAGUAAAAUAAAUUAAGUUGUUUAUGAAGAGUUCAGUCGAAAAAUAUCCCGUUGAAAGUUGAGUUUUUUGUUGAAAGUGGGCGACGGUGUAACGAGGAUUUGUGUUUACCGGACGCAAAAUGUUCUAAGAUGCCUUCCUUUGACUUGCUGAAUAGGGUGGAGCAGUUUGUGCUGACAGGAACGUUUCCUGCAGAUGCAUCAAAGAGUUCAAAGAAAGUCACCAGAGCUGCCAGCAAACACUUUAUCUAUAAAGAUGGCUGCCUGUGGCGUUCAUAUCGAGGCCGCCUCCUCCGCGUCGUCAGGAGCGACCAGGAAAUGAGGGAGGUCCUGACCCGUUACCAUGACAACAACAGCCACGCUGGCCGGAGCCGGACGAUAAAGGAGAUAAUGAUGAUGUAUUACUGGGUUGGCGUGACGGAGGCGGUGAAGACCUGGAUCACAGCUUGUGAGGUUUGUCAGAACCGAUGUCCCGUCGAUAAACCAGAACCACCUGUCCAGUUCUGCCUGGCCUACGGCUGCGAUGCCUCCAGCUACGUUAACCCUGAGCUCAGCUUCCACAGGUUUCCGAAGGAGGCAGAGCAACGGCGAAGGUGGCUGGUGGCGGCUCAAAGGGACGAAGGCUCGCUGCGAACAAAGUCCUGCCUCUGCUCCAGACACUUUGAGCCGUCCUGCUUCACGCUGAACGAGGAGGGUCAGCUGACGCUGUCACCAGACGCCAUACCCUCCAUCAUCACUGUGACAGUGCAGGAGGACGAGGCUGUCCCUUUAGAUGAGGACUUCCUUCAUCCCAACAGCCUGGAGGACCUCCUCUCUACAGCUGCAGAAACCACAGAUGUGAACCCUUAUGACCCGGCCUUCGAUAGCUCCGAAACACACAUGGGGCUGCAGGAACACCAGUACUCCCUCCCAGCUCCGGAUCCUGACGCGAGGGCGGUCCCGACAGUGAUGGAGGAAAAGAGGAGGAAGAUCGUCAUCGAGCCAAGCUUCGCAGUUUACAACCAGAUCGCCAGGUUUCUGAGCCACAAGGUCUUACCGAUGCAAAGCAAGAAAAGCAGAGGGUCUUUAAGAAGAAUGGCCAAGCGCUUCGGCCUAAUAGACGGAGUAUUGAUGUACACGCGAGUCUCUCCUCCCCUCCGAGUGCCGCGCAACAGAGAGGAGGUGAACUCCAUCCUGCAGCAGUUCCAUGACAACCAGGGUCACUACGGCCAGGGAAUCUGCCAGCGAGAGAUCUCAAAGAGCUUCUACUGGUCCACCAUGACCCGAGACCUGGCGCAGUGGAUCUCCAGCUGCCACACCUGCCUCAACAGAACCAAGAGGAAGUGGCUCCGCUGCAGCGUCACCGGCUGCACCAACUGCUGCGGGCCGGUGGAGAGAGGCCUGGGCCUCACCUUCCAUAAGUUUCCUCUUCACAACACGGCCCAGCGGGCUCAGUGGCUGAAGGCUGUGGGUCGUCCCAGCUGGCAUCCUCGGCUCCGUUCGUCUGUCUGUUCGAUCCAUUUCACCGAGGACUGCUUCGACCGCAGCGGGGAGAAAGUCACCCUCCGUCCAGACGCCGUUCCCACGCUGUUGGUCCACAGCGACUCGGCGACUCCUUCCAGAGGUCCGACCCAGCCUCCUGUGGGGGAGGAGGCCUAUUUUGCCAAGUACGAUGCUGUGGAGCUCUACCUGAGCAAACGCACCUAUCCUCCUAGACUGAGCUAUGUAGAGAAGAACACCUUCAGGAGGUUUUGCAAGAAGUUUGCCAUUAAAGAUGGCGAGCUCCACAUGGUGAGAGGAGAUCGGGUGCGUUUGGUUCUGAGGAACAGACAACAAGUUGAAGCCGCGCUGGUGGAUUAUCACAACGAGCUGAACCACCUCGACGUCAACAAGUGUCUCAGACUGCUCAACGAAAGAUACUCCUGGAAAACCAUGAGAGCGGAUGUGGUGCAGUGGAUCAACAGCUGCUCACAGUGCAGCAGCAAGAGGAGGAAGAAGCCAGAGAACCAGCCAGAACCAGGAGGAUCAGAAUCACAGACGUCCCUGCAGAUACCUGAUGGUUUAGACAGUGAUAAGGAUGGCGAUGGUUACAGCGACGAUGACGAGCACGGUGGUGGGGUUGGCGAUGAAGGUGUUGGGAGCGCUGGUGAUGAAGAGAGGCAGCCGGCAACGAAUUCAGAGGACAGAGCGGCGAACCCUUUGUCCCCCCAGCCUCCAAUCAACCCUCAGCCCAGAAUUCCCAUCCUACUUCACCUUAGAACUCCCAUCAACAUCCAGCCCAGAACGCCCAUAAUCCUCCAGCCAAGGACUCCUAACGCCGCCUUUGUCGCCAGAGUCUGGUCUGUCCAGAAAGGGACCACGUCACGGUCUGAAGUCCAGACGGAGACAAACAGCGCUGACGUUCAGCCUGAGAACCAGGUUCAUGUAGAACCUCAGUUGGAGGAGCAAACGCAACAUCAGGACCAGAAAAAAACAAGUGGCUCUCAGGGCAGCUCUGCAACAAAUCACCAAGUCACAGACCAGGACAUAACCAGACCUCUCGCAGAAUCACAUCCUCCACCUAAACCCCCAUCAAAACCCAAACUUCCACAAGCCACAAGCAAAAAAAAUCAACCUCCGAGUCAAAGCAGAGGGCUAAAGGCCCAGACCGUAAUAACCAUAACGACCCGUGGCCGUGGCAGCGUCCAGCGCCCGGCAAAGAGGAAGCGAGGCCUGGAGGCAGGCUCGUCGGCUAAGAAGAGCUCCAGCUGUGGCCUGGAGCCUGUGGUGGCCCCGAGCACCAAACCGUGGCCCGUCUUCACCAUCGCUGGGUCGGCCCCUGAACAAACAGCCAAACCCCCCCCUGAGGUGGACAGCCCUGCCCCCUUUCGGAGGCCCAGGAGACUAGAGGCCCGGACGGUGAUCCAGCAGUGCAGUAAUGCGAAGGUUAAGACCAAACCGGCCCUGGACGGGGCCGACGCUCAGUGGGCUGAGAUCCAGGAGGGGCUGGUUGUGUAUGUGUGCUUCUUCCACGGAGCCACUGAGGACGUCACUUAUGAGAUGGCCAGAAGUCUGAUGACCACCAAACUUUUCCGAAAAGACACCGGGCACACAGUUUCCGUUCUCGACCUUCCCGGCAGCGUUUUAUUUAUCCCCCAGGACUCCCUGCUCGGGGAGCCGUUGCCCAAGAGAAGGGUGCAGUACAAGGGGGGUUGUGAGCUGUGGUGGGGCGCCCAGCUCUUCUCAAACCUGGUGUCCGUGUGCAGGGAGCUCAUGUCGGGCUCGGUGAAGUGCACGAAGGCAGGCGUGAAGGUGGAGCAGGGAGUCUACGGACAGAAACAAGAGAUCGUCCUGAACUCUCCGGAGCCGCUGACGCUCCUGCUGGAGUUCUGACCUGAACAGUGUGGUCCGACAAGGGGCGUCGAUUGAAUCUGAAUGGAGGGAAUAACCCAGGACUUGUCGUUCUUCUUUAACGGCUUAGGAAAAUUUACUUGUUUUCAACUACUCGUUGAGUUUUUGUUUCUGUGUGAAGGUUCUCGAGCUGAUUGGUUUUACAGAAAACUCCCGCAGAUGGAUUUACAUUUACGCUAUUAUGGGAAACUUCUCCCCGGAUCGAUCAAAGGAACCAGAGGAAGUCAACUCAGAAACUAAUAAUCUGUUGUGCAUUUCUGUUUCCAAUUCAACAGCAUCUGAAGAAGUUUAAAGAUUAGGCAAAGCAGAUUGAUGAAAACGAUUUUAAAAAAGGACAGCGACAUUUGAAAGGCAGCUUUCACGGGAGGAAACGACGUUUCUUUGUCAACCAUCUGCUGACUGAUGGUUAUUUAUUUCUGCUUUUGAACAUAGUGAAAUGAAUCCAUCAACAAAUCCCUCUUUUAGUCCCUCGCUAGCUAAUCAGGAAGCCGACAACAAAGGCCAACUUCUUUUUCAGUAUUUGCAAACAACAAGAAAUGUCAUCCAAAUUAAGAUAGUAGAGUACCUCCUUGAUUUGUAAACGAAGCUAUCCACAGUCUGCGUUUCAGCCCUGCAACCUCUGGCCUGACGGUUCGUUGACGAGUUCUACCCCCGGAGCAGGGACUACACCUUGAACUCAACUGAAGUUUAGGACCAAAUGCAGGUCCAGUUUCGCAAAGGGUUCCUGGUCCCCUGGGGAAAGUGCCUGAGUAGUGCUUCUGGUACUGGUUUCCUAGUCUCAUCUUCAUCCUCACAUACUAAACUCUUUCCAACUCGAAGUCUGACCAAGUUCGGUCAGUAAAUUUGCAAGUGAACAUUUUUUUUUCCUCCCAAGUGCUGUUCCAACAGAUUUUUGUUUUUCUGUGUCAAGUCUGCCUUUUCUCAAGAAUUAUUGAUUUUAUUAAUUAACGUAAAAGCAUUACUGUUUUCAUCAGCGUCUCCAAAAUAUGUACAGAAACGCUCAUUUGCUGCACCUGAACGAUAAAUUUGGUGUUAUUCUAUAUUGUUCUUAUAGUCAACAAAUCCCAUAAAAAGACCAAAACCAA